UUUACGAACGUGGAAUUGUGUUUAGGCCGUGUGCUAGCGCUGAAAAUAAUGGUUUGCCAUUCAUUUUGUACGUAGGCCAUUUAAGUCUGUCAAGUGGAUUUAAUUAUUAAAUAGUUGUAGCAAUUUUCAUAUAAUUAAGCUAGCUAUGGCAAAAACAUACGAUUACUUAUUCAAACUUUUAUUAAUCGGAGAUUCCGGCGUUGGAAAGACUUGCAUACUUUUCCGGUUUUCAGAAGAUACAUUUAAUUCGACAUUUAUUUCAACAAUUGGAAUAGAUUUCAAGAUAAAAACUAUUGAAUUAGAUGGAAAGAAAAUAAAGCUUCAAAUAUGGGAUACUGCAGGACAAGAAAGAUUCAGAACUAUUACUACUGCUUACUACCGAGGUGCAAUGGGUAUAAUGCUUGUGUAUGAUGUUACUAAUGAGAGAUCAUUUGAAAAUAUAAAAAAUUGGAUCAGAAAUAUUGAAGAGCAUGCAUCCACUGAUGUGGAAAAAAUGAUUUUAGGAAAUAAAUGUGAUGUUCAUGACAGAAGACAAGUAUCAAAAGAAAGAGGAGAGCAGUUAGCAGUAGAGUAUGGAAUCAGAUUUAUGGAAACUAGUGCAAAGAACAGUAUUAAUGUUCAAGAUGCAUUCAUGUCACUGGCCAGGGAUAUCAAAGCUAAAAUGGAGAAAAAGAUGGAAGCAACACAACCAUCAAAAACAUGUGGUCAUCAGCUGAGAGCUAAUGAACCAGUUAAGAAAGCACGAUGGUUCUGUACAAUCCUAUGACACAUUACAAAACUAAUGCAUGUAUUAAAUUGUUCAUUAUCUUUACUGCUGUAUAUAAAUUGAAACAGGUAUCAGAAAAAGGAUGACCUGUCAGUAAUGAAGAUGUACACAUACUUUUUUUGCUGAUAUAUUUUUGUAAUAUGUACAUAUCAGUCAGCUUUUGUCUUGCUGAGUUCCAAGCUUUAUUCAUCCUUGGCAUCUCCAGGACCGUGGAUGCUGUUGUCUCUGAAAAAAUUGGUACUUAAAUUUUCAUUAUUUUUUCCUUCAUAAUCAGUGAAUAUAAUAUUUGCAAACAUGUUUGUUAGAAAGAGCUUUGUAUUUGCUUACAUACCUAAAAUGUUUGUAUAGCUAUUUGGCACCAAAUUGUACUAUGCAUUAAUAAGUUACAUUCUAUAUUCUUCCAUUUGUAACUUAAUUCUUGCAUAUUACAUUAUGCAUUUGUUUGUUGUCCCCUUUUUUUCCGCCUGUGCUUUCUAAUUCUAAUUUUAGUAUAGUGUUGUUAAGCUGCCUCUGUAAAAUCACUGUUUAUAAAUAUUGUUGUCAGGUUAUUAUAGUGUUUAUAAUGUUGAAAUUUAAAUGAAGAUAUGUAAAUUUAGUCUUGUUAUGCUUUUACAAAUUCAUAUUGUGUUUUGUUCAUUUCAAAAUGGAUGAAUACUUCCAUUUAAAAGUAAGCAAAUUAAAAUAUAUACUGUAUUAUUUUAUAUGAAUUCUAUAAGUAUGUUGAAAGUCAAACUUCUUAUGAAGGUGUUUAGGAUAGUAUGCAAGUUCAAUAUUUUUUUUUAAAUCAGCAAAAAUAAAUUUAUAUUAUUCUCUUCUUCCUAAUAAGUAAAAAAAAAAAAAAAAAAA